UGCCGGCAGUCCUUGUUAGAGGCGCUCGGGGCGGUGUUCACUCCUCGGAAGCCAGCGCAGGCUGCCCGGCGCGGAAGAGCAUGACGGCGCCGCUGGCGGGGCUGCUUCGGCUGCAGCGCGGCAGGAGCAGUGCUUCAGGUAAACAGCUUCUGGGAUUGUCCUCCCUGAACAAUGACAUCCUAUCGCAGUCCUGCCGGAACUAUCGAGCUGUGCUGUGCACUGAGCUGACAAAGCCAUUGAUUAUUAGGAACCUCCCAUCCCCUUCUCUGCAGCCCCAUGAGGUCAGGGUUGGCGUCCAUUACUGUGGAGUAAAUUUUGCGGAUAUCUUGGCCUGUAAGGGUCUGUACCAGGAGAAGCAUUGUCUUCCAUUCACUCCUGGAAUGGAGUUUUCAGGGAUGGUGAUGGAGACUGGAGCGGAGGUCAGCACAGUGCAGGCGGGAGACAGGGUAAUUGGUGUGACUGGCACGAGUGCAAUGGCUGAGGAGUGUGUAACUGAUCAGAAGAUGCUGUGGCCAAUCCCAAAAGGUGUUUCCUAUGAAGAAGCUGCGGCAUUGCCUGUGUCUUAUGGCACAGCCAUUUUGGCCCUGGAACAUAGAGCACGCACGCAGCCAGGGGAAAUGGUUUUAGUGACAGCAGCCGCUGGGGCCACGGGGCUUGCUGCUAUCGAUGUAGCCGCUAAUGUUCUCAAGGCAAAGGUGAUAGCAGCAGCUGGAAGUGAUCACAAAUGCAACCUGGCCCUGCAGAAGGGUGCAGCCCACAGCGUGAAUUACACCCAAGGGAGCCUAAAGGAGGAGGUGAAGAAGCUUACAGAUAACAGAGGGGUCAAUGUAGUUCUUGACGCUGUUGGAGGGGACAUCUUCAAGGAAGCGUUACAUAGUUUGGCUUGGGAGGGCAGGAUUGUGGUGGUGGGUUUUGCUGGAGGAGCAAUCCCCUCUGUCCCAGCCAACCUGCUGCUUCUGAAGAAUGUGUCUGCCUUGGGAGUGUUCUGGGGUCGAUACCGGGAAGAGGACUUUCCUGUUUUUUCGUCAUCCCUCUCCUCUGCUCUUUGGUACUGCCAGGAAAGACGGAUCCAACCUCAUGUGGGAGCGGACUUCAACCUGGAAGAGGUGAAUGAAGCCUUUAGCCGUGUAACCCAGCGCAAGUCAACAGGAAAGGUCAUCAUCUCAAUUAAAUAAAUCAGCCUGUUUCCUCAGGACACAGCCCCUGCUGCUGUUGGACUAAUCAGCAGAAUCACCCUUCUGGCUUAUGGAUUCAGACAGCCAAGUUGCAUUUACCCUAUGAUUUCUUGCAUGAUUUGUCUACCACCACCAUUAAUGUAGAGGGCUCCGGGCUCCUGCUUAGGGUUAGAUGACAUGAUGAUAUAAAUACUUGUGCCCAUUGCUAGCAUUGGUUGAGUUGCACUGGCGCUAGACAAACAGUGCCAGGAGUCCUAGGGGAGACAAGCUUUCACUGUGACGGAAAGAGGGAGAAUAGAUGCAGAGCAGUGCAAUUAAUACAAAUGUAAACCAGACUCUCUUUAAAGGAAUCACCACUGGGAAAUCUCCUUAAGUCUCCCACUGUGAGCAGGGUGUGCUCUGUAUAAUAUACCUAUAACAUCCUUGUGUCCCUAGAGCAGGGCUUCUCAGACGCUUUUUCCAUAGUGUGGUUCACCUUUUAACAGAGUGUUUAUGAUGGGGAUGCCUCCCCCUUCUGCUGGCAGUUGUGCAGACCCCUCUUCUCACAUUUAUGGUUGCACAGACUGCUUCCUUUCCAUUGGUGAUGACCUAGUAUCUUAGGGUAUGUCUACAUUGCAGUCAGACACCUGCGGCUGGCCCAUGCCAGCUGACUCAGGCUCACAGGGCUGUUCAGUUGCGGUGUAGACUUUCCAGCAUGGGCUGUGGAGUCCUCCCACAUUGCAGGGUCCGUGAGCCUGGGCUCCAGCCUGAGCCUGAGGGCUUGUCUAUAUUUACGCGCUGGUUCGGCGGCUGGCAAUCAAACUUUGCGGUUCGAUUUAUCGCGUCUUGUCUGGACGC